AUGGAUGCCAGACGAUGUAUGUAUAAUUCCAUAAUCAUGGACAGUGAAGAUACUGACGUGAUUUCCGUCACGGACGUGUAUGAUCAGGCAGCAGGGAUAGCUCAUGAAUUCGACAAGCUGAUCCAUAACUUUGGCAAUGAUUCGGUGACAGAACUGAUGCCCAGGGUAAUUAAAUCCCUGGAACAGUUGGAGACGUUAGCCACAAGGUAUGAAAGAGAUGCUGAAGAAAUUAAUCAGUUGCGAUAUAAGGUGGAGAAAUUGGAAUCAGAGAAGGCGGAGAAAGCGCAGGAGAGAGCGAAAUACGACCAGGAGUUGGAAACUAUAGAAGAAAACUGGCAGUCCGAGGUGAAGGAGCUGCUCUCGGUUGUGAACAGGCUGCAGGACGAGAAUAAGAGACUUAAAGAUCAUGCCCGCAACGAGAAGCAUGCUGUGGUUGCUGAGUUUGUGGCUAAACGGCAAGAAACGGAAGAAGAGGAAAUAAAAAUCCUGACUAAACUCAAAGAAACUGUGGACAAACAGAGAGAGGAGCUGAGGACUAUGAAGCGAGAGCUUGGGCAGAAGGGAGUGGAUUGUGAUGCUUUGCAAGCACAGCUGGAGCGCAUUGCCAAAGUCAACGCCGACCUGCGCCGCAAGAACUCCACGCAGAAGAAGCAGGCGCAGGCUUUGCUGCAGGAGAAGCUGGAGCUGGAGACGCAGCUGCACACCAAGGAUAACGAGGUGGAGCACAUCAAGAGGUUGAUCUCAGAGCAGGAGAAGUACGAUGAGCAGCGAGCUGCCGUGAAAGAAGCCAUUGCUGUCGGCAGGAGUAUUGAUGUUGAAGAUGAAUCCGAGAACAAAGAUGCUGAUGGCCAGCCGGUGAAACCACUAAUGAUCAGAACCCAAGGAAUCAGCUCUUCCAUAGAAACUGACUCAGACCAUGGUAGUCAGGUUACCAGCCCAGGCAGUCCCACAACUGGGUUUGAUCUUGAUGGCAAGCUGGUCAUUGACCUCAAGGAUCCAAACCGACCCAGGUUUACCCUGCAGGAGCUAAGACAGGUUUUGAUGGAGAGGAAUGAACUAAAAACUCGGCUCAUUGAAGUGGAGGAGGAACUAGGUCACUAUAAGCCCAAAGAUGAGCUGAACCCUAACCCUGACGCUAAGGAUGAAGAGGAAGAGAAAUCUUCCUAUUCUGGAGAGGAAGUCCUGGUCUAUGGACCGAUCAACAGGGAACCCGACGAGAAAAUGGGCAUUAAGAAGGAAUCCGGAAUAAGAAAAUUAUUCCUACACGUCAUUAAGACAGGAUUUGAUUUGCUAGUUGGUUCAGAUGUAGAAGAGGAAGAAGAAGUAGAAGAAGAAAGAAGACACAGAGAUAUAGCCACAAUCCCAAUUUUUGGUUUUUUAUUUUCGGAUGGUUCACCUCAGCCUCAGAGACCACAGCGGAAGAUGAACACACCAGCCCAGUAG